AUGUCUAGUGAGCGUUUCGACCAGAUCAAUGACACCAGCGUCGCACAGCUCGCGUUUGACUUAAGCUACAUCAGUACCACCAUCGUGAUGGUUUACCGACCAUUUUACGAUUGGAUCGCAAGUUGGUAUCGGCAGCUCAAGGCUCACGGGCAGGUUGAAUUGGCCUUCGCAGAUUGGCGAAGCGUUUCACAGAUGGAGUACUACGCGUACAAUUACUCAUUCACGACUUCUCUACAUAGUCGCUACGCCGCUCAUUUUUCUGAUGUGAAGGUGCACGUGAUGGGCCCCGAUAUGAUGACCGAUAUUGUCUGCGAUGACUUCAAUGCUGCGAACACGUGCGCGACGUCUAGGAAGGCCAAAGGACUUCAAAAAAUGGUAGUGAUGUCUAGUGAGCGUUUCGACCAGAUCAAUGACACCAGCGUCGCACAGCUCGCGUUUGACUUAAGCUACAUCAGUACCACCAUCGUGAUGGUUUACCGACCAUUUUACGAUUGGAUCGCAAGUUGGUAUCGGCAGCUCAAGGCUCACGGGCAGGUUGAAUUGACCUUCGCAGAUUGGCGAAGCGUUUCACAGAUGGAGCACUACGCGUACAACUACUCGUUCACGACUUCUCUACAUAGUCGCUACGCCGCUCAUUUUUCUGCUGUGAAGGUGCACGUGAUGGGCCCCGAUAAGAUGACCGAUAUUGUCUGCGAUGACUUCAAUGCUGCGAACACGUGCGCGACGUCUAGGAAGGCCAAAGCCUCGCCCACGCCCUCCGUCGACUCCACCGCCGCCAGCGGCGGCUGCAGCGACGGGGAGCUCGAGCCGCUGCCGGAGCCCGCGCCUUCAGACGCCCAGGAGGCGCCCUGGGAGCAGAUUCACGGGCGCUUCGCGGCGGCCCUGCGGCGCGUUGCGGCGCAGGACGACGAGGAGUUGUGGGACGAUCUCGAGCAGGGGCCCCGCCGCCUGUGCGCGGCUCUGGCGCCCCUUGCGGACGCGGGCCGCCCCGCGCCCGCCCCGACGCGCGCACGGGAGUCCGCAGCCGCGUGGAAGGAAGUAUCGACCCGCCUGGCCGCAGCGCUGGAGCGCGCCACCGCCGAGGAUGGGGGCCUUGAGGACGACGACGACGAGUGGCUGAGGGCCAGGGAGCCGCAAAACGCGUGAGACUCCGAGGACUCAGCCAGGUUUCGCGUCUACGUCUUAAAACAGUGCGUGGAGCGCGCGACGAAUCAUGUACGAGGAGGAGCCACCACAGCAGGCUCCUGAGGACGGGGCGCGAGCUCCAGGCCCCGCGCACGGAGCAGGCCAGGACAGGCACCUCGGACGCCCAGUGGCCCCAGAGGGGCCAGCGUGCAUGGCGGCCUGAGGCCGCCAUAGGCCGUCGGCCUGGGCACCUUCCUUUGCUCCGGUCGACGGCCCCCUGCACGUGCAUGCCCGUCACCCGUCGCCCUGCUGGAGCCUUGCUCGGCCGGCGGAGUCGGCACGAAGGAACAGGGCCCUGGAGGGUUGUCGCUCCUGAACUCUGUGUCGAUGUGUUUGUGUCUAUCUGGGCCCUGUAACGACCACGUUCCUUCAUGCCAGCGAUGUUUUUUACUGACCUGGUCCGUUCGGCGAGGGGCCGUUCGGCAAGCCCAGCUGUACAAACUGACUGCUAGACAGGCUGGUGACGCUGUCGAUGCUGAUACUGGUGGCGAGCGUCAGCAGGCGAAUCUGUCCUGAAGUUUAGAAAUUAAGGUUGAUUGCGUGGGCGAUCGUUGUCCUUUGCCAUCGCGUGCGCUUGGAGUCGUGUGCCCCCCUUGGGCCAUGAGCCAUGACUUUGCAGACCCAGUCUGUCCCGAGAUACGCUCAAAUGUGACGUCGGAUCAGAAUCGUGGUCUGAGUAAGCUUCCUAUAGCGCGCUUCUUGGUGCGCGCGAAAUUUCAAAUUAGGACAGCCUACAUUGAGCAGAACUUUUCCGCGAGCAAGGCUGGACAUAUUUUUGCAGAGGGCCAGAGCGCUUCUCUCUGAGAAUCGACAGCUUACGCCGUUGAGAGCGUACUUUCCCGCAGCUGUGCAAAACUGCGAGGACUCAAAGGCACUCUGAUCUGCACUCCUAAGCAAAUUUGUCAUGCUCUGUCCCGGCUUCCUCACCCUACCCUCCCUGUCAACGCCAUCGUCAUCGUCUCCGAGAUCUGCCUACGCAGCAUGUCACAUUCAUUCUUCGGGUGCGACGUGAACGGU